UCUCUCUCUCUCUUUCUCUCUCUAGGGUUUGGAGUUUGGAGUUUGGGUUCGAAAUCGAGUUAUGGCUUCUUCGUCGUCGGAUCCCGGUCCGAAGACCGAGAGCGGCGGCGGCGGAGGUGCGGAGGCAUCCGAAGCGGUGGCGGCGGCGACGGAUCAGCAGUUGCUUUUCAGAGGGCUGAAGAAGGCGAAGAAAGAGAGAGGCUGCACGGCGAAAGAGCGCAUCAGCAAAAUGCCUCCGUGUGCCGCCGGAAAACGCAGCUCCAUUUACCGUGGAGUCACUCGGCAUAGGUGGACGGGCCGCUACGAAGCUCAUCUCUGGGAUAAGAGUACCUGGAACCAGAACCAGAAUAAGAAGGGAAAGCAAGUUUACUUGGGGGCAUAUGAUGAUGAAGAGGCUGCAGCCAGAGCUUAUGAUCUUGCUGCCUUGAAAUAUUGGGGCCCUGGAACUUUGAUUAAUUUCCCGGUUACUGAUUACACAAGAGAUCUCGAAGAGAUGCAGAAUGUUUCAAGGGAGGAAUAUCUUGCAUCUCUUCGCAGGAAGAGCAGUGGCUUCUCUAGAGGAAUGUCUAAAUAUCGUGCCCUCUCAAGCCGUUGGGAGCCACCGUUUGGUCGUAUGGGUGCAUCUGAAUACUUCAAUAACAUUCAUUAUGGCACAGGAGAUGAUCCAGCAACAGCAAAUGAAUUUUUAGGAACGUUUUGCAUUGAAAGAAAGAUUGAUUUAACAAGCUACAUCAAGUGGUGGGAGCCUAACAAAACUCGUCAAGCGAAUAGCAUCAUUAAAUCAUCUGAGGAUGUGAAACAUGGUUAUGCUGGAGAUAGUGGAGGUGAACUUAAAACAUUGGAAUGGGAAACCCAGCCUACUGAACCAUACCAGAUGCCCCGUUUGGGUGUCUGCCAUGAUAGUAAAAAACAGAAAAGUACCAGAGUCUCUGCCAUGAGCAUCUUGUCACGGUCACCUGCUUAUAAAAGCUUGCAAGAGAAAGCAUCAGUUAAACAAGAAAGUAAUGCAGAUAAUGACGAGAAAGAAAACAAAAAUAUGAUUCACAAAAAAGAUUAUGGCAAGGCAGUUGAGAAAUUGACAAGUCAUGAUGGUGGGGAUGAGAGACUGAGUGCUGCAUUAGGGAUGAGCGGUGGAUUGUCUCUCCAGAGGAAUACAUUCCCAUUGUCUCCAUUCUUGUCUGCACCACUGCUGACCAACUACAAUAUGAUGGAUCCAUUAGUAGACCCCAUUCUUUGGACAACUCUUGCUCCUGUUCUUCCUGAGGUAACAAAGGCUGAGACCAGUGGAAGUUUUACUUUGUUUCGACCUGAAGAAUGACAUCCCCUUUUCGGUUUCUCUGCAAGUUUAUGUACUGACAAUUGAUGUCCAUUUCCAGUUCUGGAGGGGUUUGUCUCAUUGCUUGUGCAGUAGUAGUCAAGAAGCUCAGGAAAUGCAGUCUUGACAACAAGGCUUUACAUAUAUGUAGCAGGGUUCAUAUUACACGGAGUGUAGAGAAUAUAAAAGGGAGAGGAAGUCGUAUCUAAUGUCAGAUAAGGUAUAGACAAUGUAUUUUACCAUAUGGUUCAGAAGUGUUGAAGUGGUAACCUUCAGUUUUGCUAAACAAAGUUCAACACAUCAGGUCCUGAUUGUACUACGUUGUACAGGAAAUAUGCCCAAAUUGUAAUCAUAUAUAGCUGUUGUUAGUCUCUUC